CGAGUCACAUAUACGAGGAAGAUUGCGUGAAGUAGCGGCAGUUGCCUGUCGAGUGUCGACGCACACCGUUACGCAGAUCGUACACUCUCUCUUCGUGCUUAGUCAGCAGAUGAAACGUCAUCCACAAUUGCGACGUUGCACAGUGUCGUAGUUUCCAGUUCAGUGAAAACAAAUCCCAUCGAUAUGGAGUACGUGAUCGUUUUGUCAGUGAUAGCCGGAGCCUUAGGCCUGUAUUACUUCCUUUUCAAGGAUCUGAACCGGUUCAAGAAGCACAAUAUACCACAUCUAAAGCCAUUGCCACUGGUAGGUAACAUGGGACCGACGUUCCUGCGUAUGAAAUCUACGGCCGAGCUCGUGAAGGAAAUGUACGAUGUGAACACUGAAGCCAAGUACAGCGGUGGAUACGACGUUGGUACGCCAUUGAUAAUAUUGCGUGACCCUGAGCUCAUUAAGAACAUCGCGCUCAAGCAUUUCGACUCGUUUCCGGAUCAUCGCAGUUUCGUCCGAGAGGAACAGGAACCGUUGUUCGGUAAAAACCUAUUCUCACUCUGCGGCGACAGGUGGCGUGAGGUGCGGAGCACACUAAGUCCGGCUUUCACGUCCAGCAAGAUGAAAAACAUGUUCAAGCUAAUGUCGGACUACGCAGCCGAUUUUGCGAAAUUUAUAGCGGAGUUGCCGACGGAGCGGAGAGUGAUGGAUACGAAGGACGUCUUCACGCGCUACACCAAUGACGUAAUCGCUACUUGCGCCUUCGGCGUCAGCGUAGACUCCAUGCGAGAUCCGAAAAAUCUUUUCUACGUAUACGGCAAAGAGGCGACAACUUUUACCACUAUCACUUUAAUAAAAAUGUACGUUCACAGGUCGCUACCGUGGGUGGCACGAAUAUUCAGGCUGAGAAUAAUCAGCGAGAAGAUUGCGAUAUUCUUCAAGGAUCUCGUGGAGACUACUAUUAAGACCAGGGACGAGCAAGGUAUCACCCGGCCGGACAUGUUGCAGCUGAUGAUGGAAAGUAGAAGUAAGAAAGGCGGUAAGAAGGAAUUGACAAUUGAGGACAUGACUAGCCAAGCUUUCAGCUUCUUCUUCGGCGGCUUCGAUAGCACCUCGACAUUAAUGUGCUUUGCUGCGCACGAGAUUGCGGUUAACGAAGAAGUUCGAAAGAGACUGCAGGAUGAAAUUGACCAGGUGCUGGAGGAAACAAACGGCCAAGCGCCGUAUGAAGCAAUCAACCAAAUGGAGUAUCUGGACGCUGUGGUGAACGAGGCUCUCAGGAAGUACCCGGUCGCCGUGGCAGUUGACAGAUUAUGCGUGAAGGAUUUCGAGUUACCACCAACGUUACCGGGCACGAAGCCCUACGUCGUGAAGUCAGGGGAAAUAUUGUGGUUACCGAUUUAUGGUCUUCAGCAUGACACCAAGCACUUCGAGGAGCCGGAGAAGUUUAACCCGGAUCGGUUUCUUGGCGAGCGGAAGAAAGAAACCCUUAACACCGGGGCAUUUCUGCCAUUCGGCUUGGGUCCCAGAAUGUGCAUUGGCAAUCGGUUCGCUCUGAUGGAGACGAAAGUGCUACUUUUUCACCUAUUGGCCCGGUGCGACCUGCUACCUUGUGAAAAGACACCGAUACCGAUCAUGUUGGCCAGGGAUGGCUUCACCAUGAAGCCGGAAGGUGGUUUCUGGCUGAAAGUUGUACCGAGAAAUAAUCCACAUCGUACCGUCCUUGUCAACGUCGCGAACGGCACACGAGAUUUAUAGGAGCAUAUUUGCUGAUUUGAAAAUCUUAAAAAUUUAUAUGUAAAUGGUUUAGAGAAUAUUGACAAUGAAUAAGAAACUGAAUCCAUGCUAGAUAUAUAUAUAAAAAUUUAUGAUGAAAACCAAAAAAAUGAAAAAGUUAAUAGAAAAUAAAAUGAUUUACUUGUAAUCGCUAAUAUUCAGACUCAGUGAUAUUAGAAAAUUGCUUCAACGUCAAAGCCUCAAACUAUCUUACACAUAACUGUGUAGAAUUUAUCAAUCUUGCGCGUUAAUGCAUUUUUAGAUAACGAAACAAGUAUUAAAGAAUGAUAAAACGUACAUUCAUUUACCGAGUAGUGAAGUAUAUAACCCGCAAUGAAAUGCGGGAUAUAAUGAAGAGAUAAUAUCCAACAUUUAUAGAUGUGUUGCUUUCUAAUUAUUUUUUAUUUCCUCAUAUGUAUGCUAAUUACGAAUAGGUUUACAUCUGACAUUCGUUGUCAUUUGUUACACUUUGCAUAGCAUAUCUUGCGUCGGAAACAUAUAGUUCUUGUAGAAACACAAUUAUCAUCUAUCGUUAAGGAAACAGCAGAAAAGACAAAAAAACGUAAAAAGUGGAAAGCCGGUAUCUCUUUCCAUUAUAACGACCAAUUAGAAGUCAUCGUUGCGCUUUAUGUUUAACAGAAGCUACAAUCACAUCUCGCCCAUUGGGUCAAGUUUGCGAACUUAUAUUAACUGAACUACUCGUGUAAGUUAAUUGAACGUUAAUGUUCGUUUGAAUCAAACAGAUAUCUUUCUCUGAUACAAAGAGUAUAUCUGUUAGAUUAAAUUAAUAUUACUAACAUGAGUGAUAAUAUAAGAUUCUCGCUUCACAACCGAUAAUAUAGAUAUGACGAAUGUCUGUCGAAUAAUAUCUAGAUUUCAACAUGCAAGGAGUGCGAUAUUUUAUUAAAAAUGCGACAUGGAUAUAAAGUUGUUAAAUGUCACCGAGACUUCGAAUGAAUAAAGGAAUAAUAAACCAAAAGAAUAAAUAAAAAAA